CAUUCACCGUCAAUACAAAAACCACCUUCAGCCAAUUCCAAGUACCUCAUUUCUUCAUCGCUACUUUUUCUCCUUUCACGCGCUCGAACAAACAGAGACGACCGUAGCCAUGGAAGCGAAGCUUGGCAAGUUCUUCGAAUCCGUCACCAACUUCUUCACCGGAGGCGAUCAGAUCCCUUCCUGCGACCGCGACAUCGUCGCAGGUUGUGAACAAGAGGUUCGCGAAGCUCAGGAGGGUUCCAACGAGGAAUUGAAGAAUGAGUGCAUCAUGCGUCUAUCUUGGGCUCUAGUUCACUCGAAACAGCCGGAAGAUGUUCAACGUGGCAUAGCUAUGCUUGAAUCUUCUCUGGGUACUAACACCAGUCCUUUGAAACUGAGGGAGAAGCUAUAUCUUCUGGCUGUUGGAUACUACAGAUGCAGUGAAUAUGGUAGGAGCAGGGAGGUGGUAGAAGAAUGUUUGAAGAUUGAACCUGAUUUUAGGCAGGCACAGACUCUGAAGAGAGCCAUUGAAGAUCGUAUCACAAAGGAUGGUGUGAUUGGGAUAGGAAUUGCCGCAACUGCCGUUGGAUUAGUUGCUGGAGGGAUUGCUGCUGCUUUGGCACGGAGGGGUUGACCAGACUGACUGCAUAGGAGGAACACCAAACUCACUACAUAUUUACGUUUCCUCGUCGUCUCUUUUUUUUUUUUUUUUUUUUUUUGGGUUUCCCCUGGGAAUAUUAAGCUUAAACAGUUGGUUUAGCUUCCAUCGGAAUUACAUUCUAGCUUGCUUUGUGAGUGGUUAUUCGGUUGAUUAGUAUGAUGAAUAACUGAGGAUCUUCUGUUUUUUUCCCCCACUCUUUCGAAUUCACUACGAGAAUUUGGCUUGUCUAUCUGGUUCUUUCAAAUAGAAUGCUACUAUUAUUCAAUAAAAGUUCCUCAUCAAU